UAUUAUAUCUCUAUCCGUGCGAAGCAUUCUUGCAAAAGGUAGUGUCGUUCGUUACAACUCGGCUGAGUAGUAGAUUACCCCGAGGAUUGCUGAUUGAGCUAGUGUGUUACUAAUUGAUACACUUAUCUCAAGUUGUUUUCCAGGACAACGGACUUAGAAGAACAUACAGGAAGAAGUUCCAGUAAUGGCUAAACUGAGCUUAGUGUUGCUGGUAGUACUAGCAGGGUUAAUUUCCCACACUAUAGGCUUAGAUCCAGCCACUAUAAGCGCAAUUGUUACAGUCGCUGGAUCUGUUAUUUCAUCUGGAGCUAGUAUGUCGUCAAGUACUAAUGACUAUAAAGUUGUCUGUGCCAUCGAGGUUGAAAAUUGGACAAGGUUCACUCUCGAAGACCCCCAUUCUACUAUAGGGAUGGGGCGUCUGCAGUCUUCGCCAGUAGUGAUUAGACCAGGUUCAAGAGAAAAGUUUAUAGCUCACAAGUCGUCAUGGUUUUCUGGAACCUACGGAGUAGCGUCAUGGUUGAUAAAUGAUCGUCGUGCCGUUGUCAUGUGGCAUUGUCCGUACAGUUUUUGGUGGAGCAAAAAUGUGUUAGGAAUUGGACUGACGGAAUCAUUUUAUGGCGUUCAUCAAAAUUGGUUCAAUCAAAUGUACAGUGGAAGAAAUAUUCAAGGUUUGAAUUUUGUGCGAGAGGAAUACCGCUAUGAAACACCAACAAUUAAAAUAGCUGAUGAGAGAUUUGAAAUAACUGGAACCAUGGGAACUGGUCACAAGACAACAGCGCGUAUUAUUAUAAUGCCUGUUAACGACGAAGACCUUGCGCCAUCAAUUACAAAUGAACUGGACAAACAGGACAAACGAAGAUUAGCUAAAUUUCUAAAAAGAGGUUAACAUAUCAGUGCUAACAGCCGAUUGCAUUGAUUGUGUAGGUAAAGGUUAUAUAAUUAGUCAGUUUGCUUGCUACAUGUAGCUAGCCAAACCGUAAAGUCAUUAUUGGGUAAGGUAUAUUACCCUCUUUCGAAGUAGCAUUGUCUUACAGACAAAAGAUAAAUUAUCUGUCGGACUAGUUUACCCUUAAAUGAGGAUAUUUUAUCUUACUUAAUAAUGACUUCACGGUUCAGCUAGCAAUAUAGAUAAUAUAUUAUCUUUAUCUACACAUGCGAUGCAAUCUGCUGUAAAAAUAAUUUAUUAAUUAAAUUGAUCAUAUACAAUGUUUUGUUUUCUUUACAUCGUUUACUUUAGUAGAGGGGCACUAUAUUUUAACUGUUUGUGUGUCAGUCCCGAGUCAAAUUAAAGUUGGGUUUACAGUAA